UCCGUCUUUUGGUUUUGCAUCUGGUUUUUCACUCUCCAGUAAUAGUAGUAGUAGCAGAAGAAAUUCUAUAGCAGAUGGGCGGAGGAGGAGAGCACCACCACGCCGAUGGGGCCCACGGCGGAGAUUUCAGAGCGAAAGUCUGGAGUAUGACGGGCGGGCCCUACUGCCGCCCCAAGCACUGGAAGCGCAAUACCGCUUUCGCCAUGGCUGGCAUCGUUUUGAUCUGCAUUCCCAUCGCCAUGAAAUCUGCCGAGCUCGAGCAACGUCCACAUCUUCCAGUUCAUCCAAUUCCCUCCCAGAUCUGGUGCAAGAACUUUGGGAACAAGGAUUAUUAGUUUGUAAUAAGUUUUGUAAUGCAACUAUAAAAAUCACAUUGCCUUCUGUAAUCAAUUUCCGAUGGUGUAUUUCUGGGGUACUUUUAUUUCUGAAACAAGUGACUGUGAGGGCUGAGGUCUCCAUUUGAUGAAAUAAAAGACGAUUGAAUUGGUGUUCAGGUUCCUGUAGAGACAACAUUUUAUAAGCCUUAUUGCGCUAUCACGGUUAUUGUCUAGUUGCUAUUUGUAAGAACAACUUCUGCACUGAAUGAAGUUUGUUUCCAGAGUUCUUGCUUGAAA